AUGCAGACGCACACAAUAAUUAUUGUUCUAUGGAAAUAUCGUUUGAACUUGACAAAACUACGGAAGCCUGGCAAUGUGAAGCUUUUCGUUGUUGGACCACCAAGGACCCUGAUCGACGAAACAAGUGUCGAUGUCUUUUACCAAGUUGAAUCACCGAUCAGGGAUCAUGAUCACCUUCAAUUAUUACAAAAGGUUAGGGAACUUUGUUCAAUGUAUGCGGCUUCACAGCGACGUAUUGUAGCUUUCGAACGUAGCCUACAGAAGGCAGUUGCCCGCAUUAGGAAGGAAAUGAGUAUUGAGUCACCGGUCAGGGACUUGAGACGGUUACGCCAAUGCUCCCUCUCCGGUAGCCCACAACCAGAACCAUGGUUGGAAGCGGUCCGUUCGCAAGUAGGCGGUUUCCCAGUAGUGGUGCGAUGUGCACGAGAAAAACCGCAAGGUAUUCUGCGUACUGAACGGGAAUUUCGGCAGUGGUUUAGGCGUACUUCUACGAUUCACCAUUGUGGUGAGUACGUGGUUCAAGAGUAUGUUGAAGAUGGAUACGAGUUCACCGCAUUGUGCACUGCUAAAGGAGGAUUAGUCGCUUGUAUUGCGUCCGUAGAAACACAUCGUACAAUACUUGAAUGUAUUCAAAGUCAACUGCCAUACGCUGUCCAGUUGUUCAGCGUGGAACAGACACGAGACCAUCUACCUGGUGUGGAAUCAUUCGUUACUCAGGUAAUCAAAGCGACCUUCGCAAAAGGCUACACGGGUGCUAUAUUUAUUAAAGGAUUCUACAAGGAUCACAAUGACAUUUUCUUUCUUGGCUUCGCCUUAGAACCAGAAUCAGAAACACUUCGAUCGCUGAUGGCUAUAUCACGAUCUUUAACACCGUGGGAGACGAUGGUGAUCGAAAGUCACUAUGAAACUGAUGAGAACCUCAAGAACGGAUAUGCCACUUCACCAUCAAUGCAUCACUGUGUUGUUAACUUCCCUACCGCUGAGGGAGUCUUGAUUCAUCAAACGUCCAUUCCUAGAAGGCCGACCAGCGAAAUGCGGGUGGCAUGGAGAUGUGCUGAAGGUCAAGAAAUGAACGACAGCACCACAAUAGACGAUAACGUCGCUCAGGUGUACCUCUCCAAUAUGGACCACACGAAUUUAAUCAGGGAAGCUCAAGAUAUCAUGCAAAACACAGAUAUCACCAUUGAUCGUAAUGUACUACUGGACCGUCAUUCGGUGUGCCGUCGUAAUGUAUCCCGAUUGAAUCCACGGGAAUUGAUCAGAAGCUGUACCACAACCGACUGA